UCUCUUUCUUUCUCUUUUCAAGGAAAGAUAAAAAAAACCCAACAUUUUUUCCUUUCUCUUGCAUUGGUGGAUUGGUGAGUAUUCUACAGUGGGGCUACUUUGAAUAUCCUGUUUUUUUUUUUUCUUCCACAUCAUCCUUUUCAUUUAUGUAUAUCUUUUUUUCUUGAAAGCUACUAGUAACUUUUUUGAACUUUCUUUCCUACAAGGUUUAAUGUUGUAGUAGUAUUUGUUUUCUUGCUGUUGUGCAUUGACGGUGAUGUGUUUUCAUUCUCUUUCGACCCACAUUACCAACAGGCAUCAGCCUUAAAGUAUAUAGUCAGAUUCCCUAAUUCAGGCCUAUAUAUUUGGAGCUUUCCUUGUAACACUGGUCUGUGUCCACAUUUAUAUGAUAAGCUAAAUCUUCAAUGUAAGCUAAAGGGUUGUUUUUUCUGCAAUUUAAACACCCAAUGCUUCAAUCGUUUUUAAAUUUGCUGAGCGUUCUUAUUUUGGGUUUUAAAGUGUUUCCUUGAAAUUGAAUAUUGAUAUUUAAGUUCGUGUAUGUCCAGUGACCAGCUUAUAUAUACAAUAGUUCAAGAGAGCGCUUAGUUGUCCAAGUUUGCAGUUUGCACGACGAAAAAUGGAAGAGAGUUUUGUACCAUUUCGUGGAAUCAAGAAUGACCUUCGAGGGAGACAGCAGUGCUACAAGCAAGACUGGACCGGUGGUCUCAGGGCAGGCUUCAGGAUUUUGGCCCCCACCACGUAUAUAUUUUUUGCAUCAGCAAUUCCAGUUAUUUCAUUUGGAGAACAGUUGGAAAGAGACACUGAUGGGGUUCUCACAGCAGUUCAAACAUUGGCCUCCACUGCACUAUGUGGAAUAAUACACUCUAUCAUAGGAGGGCAGCCUUUACUGAUCCUUGGAGUUGCAGAGCCAACUGUAAUUAUGUACACAUUUAUGUUCAAUUUUGCCAAGAAUAGGCCAGAUUUGGGAUCACAGCUCUUUCUUGCCUGGACUGGAUGGGUAUGUGUGUGGACUGCAAUCUUGCUGUUCCUGCUGGCUAUCUUAGGAGCUUGCUCCAUCAUCAACAGAUUUACACGUCUUGCUGGGGAGUUGUUUGGCCUUCUUAUUGCAAUGCUCUUCAUGCAGCAAGCUAUAAAGGGACUUGUUGACGAGUUUCGCAUACCUGAAAGAAAAAAUCCAAAGUUGCUUGAGUUUCAACCUUCAUGGAGAUUUGCAAAUGGGAUGUUUGCUUUGGUUUUAUCAUUUGGCCUCUUGCUUACUGCAUUAAGAAGCCGAAAAGCACGGUCUUGGCAAUAUGGAUCUGGGUCAUUGCGAGGCUUCAUAGCAGACUAUGGUGUGCCGUUGAUGGUUCUGGUCUGGACUGCUGUUUCUUAUACACCAGCAGGAACUAUUCCCAAAGGAAUCCCAAGGCGCCUCUUCAGUCCUAAUCCAUGGUCACCAGGUGCAUAUGAGAACUGGACUGUCAUUAAGGACAUGCUAAAGGUUCCAGUGCUCUAUAUAAUUGGAGCUUUCAUUCCAGCAACAAUGAUUGCCGUCCUGUACUAUUUUGACCACAGUGUAGCUUCACAACUUGCUCAGCAGAAGGAAUUCAAUUUGAGGAAACCACCUUCUUUUCAUUACGAUUUACUUCUUCUGGGAUUCUUGACAAUAAUAUGUGGUCUUAUUGGCAUCCCUCCUGCAAAUGGAGUCAUUCCACAAUCUCCAAUGCAUACUAAAAGCUUAGCUACAUUAAAGCACCAGUUGCUUCGAAAGAGACUAUUAGCAACAGCCCGUAAAUGUAUGCAUAAGAAUGCAAGCUUAGGACAAGUGUAUGAAAGCAUGCAAGAAGCUUAUCAACAGAUGCAAACACCACUGAUUUACCAAGAACCUUCUGCUCAGGGAUUAAAGGAACUGAAAGAAUCAACCAUUCAAAUGGCUUCAAAGAAGGGAAAUAUUAAUGGCCCAGUUGAUGAGACAGUAUUUGAUGUUGAGAAGGAAAUUGAUGAUUUGCUGCCGGUCGAGGUAAAAGAACAGCGGCUCAGUAACUUGCUUCAAGCUAUAAUGGUUGGAGGAUGUGUUGCAGCAAUGCCUUUCAUUAAAAGGAUCCCAACCUCUGUGCUUUGGGGCUACUUUGCAUUCAUGGCCAUUGAAAGCUUGCCAGGGAACCAGUUCUGGGAGCGGAUAUUGUUGCUCUUCACAGCUCCAAGUAGAAGAUACAAAGUACUGGAGGAAUACCAUGCCACUUUUGUGGAAACGGUACCUUUCAAGACAAUUGCAGUAUUUACAAUUUUCCAGACUGCUUACUUGUUUGUUUGUUUUGGGAUUACUUGGAUCCCAAUUGCUGGGGUUCUUUUCCCAUUAAUGAUAAUGUUUUUGGUUCCUGUGAGACAAUACAUUUUGCCCAAGUUUUUCAAAGGGGCACACCUUCAGGAUUUGGAUGCUGCAGAGUAUGAAGAGUCACCGGCUGUACCAUUCAACCUUGUAACUCAGGAAAGAGAGCUGGUGAGGACAGCUUCAUUUGCUGAUGAUGGAGAGAUUUUAGAUGGAAUGAUUACACGAAGCAGGGGUGAGAUCAGACGCAUGUGUAGCCCAAAGGUAACAAGCUCCACUGCAACACCUUCCAAAGAAUUCAAGAGCCUUCAGAGCCCACGUUUCUCAGAAAAGGUGUACAGCCCCAGAGUAAACGAACUGAGAAGGGAGCCUAGUCCUGGGAAUGUUGGAAGAGGGCCAUUCAGUCCAAGAACUAACGAAGCAAGGCCAUCGAUUUUAGGAAAAGGUGGUUAGGGCUAUGACAUCAAUUGGCAAGCAAUGGACCAAGCUGCCAAAAGAAAGAUAUAGGCAGAGAAUAGUUUAAUGAGCAUGGAGGAAGUCUGCAAUGCAAUGCAUUUCCCUCAGUUUUACAGUUUUUCUAAGCCCCUGGUUUUGGCUAUGACUUUUGCAAAAUAUACUGCUACUAGUUAAAAAUAGAAGAUUUGUAUUCAAUACCUUCUUUUCAUCUGAUCUGGUCGACAGUGCCUCUCCGAGAUGGACAAAGGCAAGGGCCUAGAAGGUAAUGGAAAAACUAAUAAAAAGGAUAAAAAGGAAACCCUGCUUUGUUUAACAUAUUCAUAAUUAUUAGCUGAUCCGGUGAUCCUGAGGAGAAAUGCUUCUGUCAAUUCUAGUAGUACAUUUUUGUCACAAAACCAUCUUUUAAAAGCCCCCUUGUAGUUAGUCUUGAAAAUGAAUUAAAUUCCAUCAUUUUGUCUACCAUGAAAAACAAGAACCUCAAAGCGACCUGGGUUAAGUCAUGUGGCCAAACUCCUUAGAGAAAAACAACAAAAGUCAAUGAUUCGAUGCUCUUUAAAUAUUAGAACUGAAAUGUGAAGUUACUUCAUGGUUAGAAAUAGUUGGUAACUGUGGACAAAAAGAUUUCAAUGGUCCAUUCAUCACCUUGGUAGAAAGACUAUAAACCACGACGAGGUGGCAAGCACUUUUCCAGGAAUCAUUAAAGCACCCUAUACUUUGAGAUUGGUCAAUGCCGCUUUGCCAUUGUGGAUAAGAAUGAGAAUCAUCCGCAAGACGAGACAUCCACUGACCAGAAACCGACGAAAAGAGAGCAAUGCUACAGCGUGGAAUGAAUCAUUAGGUAGCUAAAGCAUGAAGCAAUUCACUUUGGAAAGGCAAAGGCAAGGACAAUUAGACGUCGAUGGAAUGUCAUCGAAUUGAAAAUUGAGGCCAUAGUUAUUUUUCGUGUUUCUCUUCAUGAAUGUGAAUUUCAUGUUGGGCCCUUGGCCUUGAUUACAUAGGAACUUGGGUGUAGCAGUUUUCAAGAUUCAUAUCACUUUUCUGAGGAUUGUAUUUGCAGCUCACUUGGCAGGUACCAACUCAAUAGAGAACAGAUGGUAUAUAUUCAUGCUUCUAAAACAAA